AUGGCAGCACCCCGUGUCGUCCGAGGCUUCACGCCGGCACCCCGCGUCGACGUCGAUGCGGCCUCCUCCUCCUACCUCUCCCGCAUUUCUCUUCUCAUGGAGGAGGAAGACGAGGAGGACGACCUCGCCGAUCACCCCGCGUUCCUCCACGCCCAGGACACAAGCAGCGGCGGCGGCAAGGACCGCAGGGACAGGCACACCGUUGGCGGCGACGACGAGCUGGAGGCCGAUGCCGGCAGGACCAGCAAGAUGGCGAUGUCCGAGUCAGAGGAAGCCGGCGCCCGCGAGGUGUUCGACGAAAUGAUGCUUAGGGGAUUCGAUGUCUGUUCCAAGGAGAUGGAGGGCCUGGCCAUUUCCGUUGAGAAUGUGCCUGCCAAGGACGAUGACAAGAAGAAGGCGAGAAAGAGGAGCAGGGCAUGGGGCAAGCGCCGGCCAGCCAAGGUGAUUGAGCUGCACACCUUGCUCAUCCACCGUGCCAAGGCGGUCAUCGACGACCGCCAGAGCGUGGAUGAGCUGCUCAGUCAGAUGAAGGAGCAUGCCUCGCCUACUGGGGACGCCACGCAGCGGCUUGUCUACUGGUUCGUGCAGGGGCUGGAGGCACGACUGGCUGGCACCGAGAGCCAGGUGUACAGGAAGGCGGCCUUCAUGUUUGCCAACAAGACCAUCUUGGAUGCUGCAAUUGGCAGGAGCAAGCUGCACAUCGUGGAUUAUGGCCUCCGUUCUGGCUUCCAGUGGACGGAGCUGCUGCGCUUGCUGGGGACUAGGGACGGUGGGCCACCACAGGUCAGGAUCACCAGCAUUGACCUCCCACAGCCUGGAUUCCACCCAGCAAACCACAUGGCAGAGAUGGGUCAUCGCCUUACCAGCUGUGCCCAUGAACUGCCACUGAGUUUCUGUUAUGUGGUGGCGCCAUGGCACACCGUUUGCAUCGACGAUUUGAAUGUGGAACCUGACGAGGUCCUCGUCGUCAACGAUCUGUUCAACUUCAGGACCUUGAUGGAUGAGAGCGUCAUAUCAGACAACCCCAGCCCUAGGGAUGUUGUCCUCAGCAACAUUAGAAAGAUGGAGCCUGAUGUCUUCAUCCAAGCCGUCGUCAAUGGUUCUUACGGCACCACCUUCUUGUCAUGGUUUCGGGAAGCCCUCUUUACCACUCUUUGUUGUUUGACAUGCUUGAUGCGACCAUGCCCCGGGAGAGCCAACUGCGCUUGGUGCUUGAGCGGGAUAUCUUUGGCUGGGUUGCCUUGA